AGUUAUAGUUCAUGCACAUCCUUGUUAAGUGCAGCUCACUUGGGUGCUCCACUUUGUGGCCCUGAUUGGAUAAAAGGGGCCCAGACCACGCCUGCUCAGUAGUGGGUCAUAUUUACAUGUUGGGCCAGGAAGUACAGUAGGCUAACUAAUGAGGACAAGGGGCGCUGGAAAUCAUUAACCUCUGGUGGAUUUACAACGCCGAUUUACAAGGGACAAACAUGAGCUCGUAUUUAGACUUCUACUCGGAAGGCGACAUGAUGCCAUUGCCUGUGAAAUUCUGUCACGACGAACACAAACCAGGGACACUUCAGUACCACGGGGAGAUAGUUGGGAGACUUUCGUCAGGUAUGCAGGACCACCAGAGCAGUAGUCGGUCGAUAUCAGGAGGAGUGCACCAUCAAGGUGUGUUUAAGGUGCCACGCGAUAGCGACGCAUCUGUAUCUGAUGGCAGUUACGUGGAUCAGGGACUUGCUUAUAAUUUGGCGUAUGGAUGCUACAACAACGUGGAACAGAACAGGGUGCAAACCCAGUGCGUGAACCCGGCAUAUUCAGGAAACGGUCCUUUCCCCAGCCAUCCCACAGAGACCUACUACCACGAUAUUAGAGAAACAAACCAGCAGUGGCAGAGCAUAAAGAUAUCGCGAGGAUUCGUCAAUGCCAGUCAUCAGAAUCCAUCACCAUCCCAUGAGAAUUGUCCAAGAACUGGUCCUAGGCAAGAGGAGCCGCAAGUUUUGGCAAACACAUUUGACUGGAUGAAAAUCAAAAGAAGCAACCCCAAAAUCAGGAAAGCUAUUGAAUAUGGAUUAUCGAACGCCGGAGCAAUUCCAAGAACAAAUUUCACAACCAAGCAGUUAACAGAAUUAGAAAAAGAAUUUCAUUUCAACAAGUAUCUCACCAGGUCAAGAAGGGUUGAGAUAGCCCAUGGUUUGCACCUGAAUGAAACCCAGGUGAAAAUAUGGUUUCAAAACAGAAGAAUGAAACAAAAGAAAAGAGAGAAAGAAGGCCUUACUGGGAUGUGCGUGGCUCCCAUAUCGAAGAACUCGGACUCGUCCCCAUCAUCAGAACUCAACUCUCCAGUUUCAUCCCCUCCCUGCUCCCCCAUCACGCUCUCCCACAGCGGAUAACUGGAGGGGUUGAACACGAGUUCUGUUGUCACCUUUGGCUUUUCUUAUCUGUUGUAAAUACGAUACACUCACUAAUUGCACUAAUGUCUUCUAUGAUAUUAAGAUUAAACACUGUGCCUUUUGUUUAGUUAUCUGACUGAGGGAAAGUUCCAAAAUGUUGUGAACGAAAUUGUUUGUGAAGUUUCAAUCAAGGGCCACUGUUUGUGUCUUGAACUAUAAUUGCCUUACUUAUUGAUGACUGAUCGAAGCGUUACACUGA